AUGCCGGAGCACAGUCCGGCUCCGACUCCGCAUAGGGCCAUCUAUGGCUUCGCCUUCUACAUGCUGUUUACCGUCCUGUUCCUCGUCUACGUGGCCUGGGCCCUGCUACCCCGGGAAUUCGGCCUGCACUCCUACCUGCCCGACAAGUACUUCGCCGUCUUUGUGCCCUUCCUGGUGCUGGUCUUCGCCUGGUUCUUUGCCUUCCUCAUCUAUCCGGCCAUAAAUCUCUCGAUGACCGCGAAUGUGGAUGCCAUUGCCUCCGUGGUGGACCCCAAGUUGGUGCUGCCCAAGGGCGCGGAGUUUACCUCCUGGUCGCAGUUGCAAAAGGGCCAGGAGAGCAAGGAAUCCGAGACGAAGAAGCUCUCCCCAGUGAACUGCAACCUGUGCAAAAGCUUCCACCAGCCCGUGACAAGGGCGCCCAUUCCACCACUGCGGUUUCUUGACCUCCAGGAAGUAAAUACAGCGUAUUACAACUAAAAAACUAA